ACGCUGGAGAUGGUGGCGGCGUUGGUGCUUUCGACAUUCGCCGUCGCGGUGGUAACUUGUGUGUUCGUAGUUAGGCGGGUGUCCAGACCAUCCCGUGGUUCCUUUUCCUCUACUCCCGCCAACCGCCAAUCGCCUUUUCUCGUCACUCGCCCAAGCUCUUGGGAUCGCUUCUUCGAUCUGCUCAUCCUCCUUUCCGUCAUGGGAAUGGCCACCACUUGCGGUCUCUUUGUUCUGCACAACCUUGACUCCGGCGUACCUCCUUCCGCCCUCGACUUACCUCUCCCAACCCUUUGAUGAUAUAUGUCAAUAUGUCGCAAUCAUGGCUAUCCUUGCGAUUGUUCUGACUGUAUCGUUCUUCUCAUGGAGGAAGGUGCCUCGAGGCGGGGUCGUAGAUAUGCCCACGGCGGAUUGUGUAGAGCACGGCGCAGGUUCACUGCUAGCUUUAAAUCGCGAAAUAAAGAGCAAUAUGGCAUCCCUCCCAUUUCUCAACCUUACCGAUUUUCCCUGAAUAUUCCUCAGGCCCAGGCCUUUGGUGCACUGGCUAACAUCUAUAUGUUGCAGGACACAUCUGUGACUAGCGAGUCGAUUUCGGCACAGGCGAUCCUCAGCUUGUAUGCCAUGAUCCCGGAGCUGAACUCGACAUCGUGUACCAUGAGUGAGGACAUCGCCGUAGGCCAUGAUACCCUCAACUCUGCAGACUUUUAUAUUAGCUUAGCAUCGAGCCUUGAUGUAAGUGCGAUGCAGAACAUAUGUACAAUGAUCGCUCAAUUUCAUGUACCUACGGAUGACCGAUACGAUCUCUUUCUAUCUGUAGACAAUCUCGCGCAGGACGAUGCCUGUCAUAAAUUGUGCCGAGCAGUAUACGAGGAGUUCGCAGCGGACGCUGAAGAGCAGCCAUACGACCCUUCGAAACGACUCGACCCGGACGCAUCUUUUGUUAUCCCCAAUGAUGGCUCUGACAGGUGGUCGAAGCAUCGUUCUACCUCGCCCUUGACCUUGCAGCGAAACGGUGUUCGCCCUCCUCGGCGGUUGGCCGAAAGAGGAGAUGAAAACAAUGCAGCCUCGACCUCCUCGAAACCAGAUUUAGAAGAUGAAGGAAAUUCGAGCUUCAUUCGAGGCGCCGAGAACGAAGGAUUCGAUGAAGCUGACACGGGAUUCUACGUAGAAGAGGAUGAGAUGGAGGAAGAUAUGAGCUUCGGUUUCGUCCUUUCCGAGGGAAGUGGUAUCUCCUUCACCUGGGUGGUGAUGGCCAUAAAGUAGGCGAAGACGAAAUGAACACGGCAUUCGUUGAAGAUGAACGUCCGUCUGCUGAAGACGAAGAGGAAG